AUGAAAGAUUCGUAUAUUCCGCCGCGGCUGCCGACGGAAAUCCUGCUGAAGAUUCUCGAUCUGCUCGAGCUCGGCGACCUCAUAGCCUACAGUGAUACCUGCCAGACGUUUCGGGCGGAUUUGCAGUCCAUAGAUACCCCAUAUGUGCGGAACCGGGUUCAGAAACGCGUUCCGUGGAUGCAAGUGGCGCAGGCGGGCUCUGAUUUGAAGUCGUGGAAGGAUGCGGCAAGAUUGGUGCUCGGCAGGGCAGAUUCCAUGAUGCGGGUGCGAAACGGCAAGUGGUCUGUCUUUGUGCACGCGGACUUUUCGCACCAUGGCCCUUACCACAAGACGGUGUAUCUGGAUCCCGUGGACUUGAACGGGCCUCUUCCUAACGAUUUCGAGCCGCUAUUCGACAUGUCUCAGUUCAAGCUUCCCUGUCCGAUUAGCACUCACAUCGAGGGCUCUCUACUUCACUUCAACAAGCGGCAGUUCAACCUCAAGACGUUUGUGAGCAGUGCUGCGCCCAUGGAGGAGCCGCAGGAGCCGAAGCCAAAGAAACGCAAGGUGGGGCGUCCAGUUCUGAAACCGCCUCCUCAGCCGGUGGAGCCUCCGUUCGAACGGACCUUCACCUGUCCGAGCGGCCUAAAGGUGUCCACGGGCCACGAGAACUCGACGAUCCGGUGUCUGGGCGAAAAUGAGCGCGUGGUGUGGCUGUGGGAGCUUCGGCCGGAUCCCAGACAGAGAAAACAGCGGCUAAACCCGCUCAGAAUGCAGUAUCUGAUCGACAAGCCGAGCUGUGGCCGAACGCCCGACGGAUCCACAUUGCUGUUUGACCGCAACGACGACAGUACAAUGCUGGUGCCGCACGAGUCAGAUUUUGACAAUGUGUUACUGUCUGGAAAUGCCGGACUGAUUGGAUUCACACGAGAACAAGCAGCGUCAAGCGACGUUAUGAUCAUGUACUACGAUCCCGAUCCUCAAAACAGGUUUGUGCGACAGAUUGUGAGCGUUGUGAACAGUCAGACGCGAGAUAUGGAGGUAUUGGCGUACGAAGGAAUACUCUACAUUUACAAGGCCGACGUUCUGACGCCAUUAUGGGCCGAUUUGGAGUUUCAUCCGACAGGAAAUCGCAUUUCGGAGCCUCUUUUCGCCAAGCUGGGGUUUGAGGAUCUUAGAAGCGACGAUUAUGUGCACAAGAAUGGCCCCAUGAAGGUCACCAAGGUGGCGUCGGGAGUUAGACCGGAGAUGCUGGCCAUGAAUCUGGUUCAGAGAAGAGUGGAGGAGGUGGGAGGAGGAAGAUUGAGACGGCUCAAACUGCAUUUUUCAAACGAUGGGCGGUUCGCGGCCUCUCAUUUGUCAGGAGGACGAAUUGUCGCCGAUAUUGGCACCGGAACGACUUACAUUGUCAAAGACGAGGGAGACGAAGAUGGUAAUCAGAACUUCAUCUUUGUAGGCCGCACUAAGGACAACAACAAACCUGUGUUUUACCGGUGGAAGAGAGACUUUGGGCUGGGGUUUCUGGCCAACCUGGAGAAGAUUCAGAGGAAGGACCGUACCAGUUUCUAUCUCAUGCCCAACCCCGACACUACUACGGACCUUUCUCUACCUGUUCGGGCCGAUCUUCCUGCACCGGUUCCUCUGAUGCGGUUUUCACCUGGAACUGCGGCUUUUUCACGAGUCAUGCUUGGAAUGGAUCCCAAUCCUCCUCCUCCACCGCCUCCUCCCAAGCCCCCCGUCAUUCCAGAGCAUACGGUGCAGGACCAAAAGGCGCUGGAACGAGACAGACAGCUGCAGGGAGGCGAAACAACGCUGAUGGGCGACUGGCUGGACGCCAGGGACAAGUUUGAGACGCAUGAUGAGAGCCUGGCGACGAUUGAGGCGAGAAAGGAGGCCGAUCUGGCGUUGUUGAACAAGCGCAAGAGCAAGAUCAAGCUGUAUCGGUUUGAGCGGCCGAGAUGGAGGAUCUGA